UGCGCUAACUAAGGGACCUAAGGGUAGUUAAGGCAGGCCAGACUGCUUUCGGGAAAAGCUCCACUAUGCGGUACGAAGCACUACGGAGUACACUGUAGAUGGAGCCCGAGCGAGACCCGACAAUUGAUGUUGAUCAACGACGCCAAUUCAUUCUCGUUUAUUGCUUUUUCUUGAUGAUCAUGACGAUGACGAUGUUCUUGUUAAAGCUGCUGCUGCUGCUAUUGCUGCGACUAGUCCUGCUACAGUUGCCCACUACGAUUGCUUCUGCUUCUAGUAAUGCCAACGGAUGCUUUUCACUAACACAUCUUAAUACUGUGUCCGUGCCCUGUUGUAUACCUUGCUCCUAGUCUCCCUCUUUCUCUUCCUCCUCUCAAACCCCCCUGGUCGGUCGGGGUUGACAAGCCGAGGCAUCACCAUCAUUCUGCUGGGGUACGCAAGAGACGGACAAGUCAAGUAGAG